UAUUUAACAUGCAAAUCAACAUAUCUAAACUCAUCUAUGAAAAUUAUCUCCUGUAGUAAGAAGAAAAAGAGCAAAGAGAAGAAGAGAAAAAGAGACGAAGAUGAAGAAACUCAACUUGAUAUUGUUGGAAUCUGGUGGACAGUAACAAACUUUGGUGAAAUUUCAGGAACCAUAGCUAUUGAAAUGGAUAAAGGAACCUACAUACAUGCACUUGACAAUGGACUUUUUACACUGGGAGCGCCACAUAAAGAAGUUGAUGAGGGUCCUAGUCCUCCAGAGCAGUUUACAGCUGUCAAAUUGUCUGACUCCAGAAUUGCUCUGAAAUCUGGCUAUGGAAAAUAUCUUGGUAUAAAUUCAGAUGGACUUGUUGUUGGGCGUUCAGAUGCAAUUGGACCAAGAGAACAAUGGGAACCAGUGUUUCAAGAUGUAAGUACUAUUUUGUCUUUAAAAGCUUCUUGUCAAUAUAAGAGAAAGUCUCUAACAGUCAAUGAGAGCAUAUAUUCUAAAAAAAAUUUGAUGAGGGUCCUAGUCCUCCAGAGCAGUUUACAGCUGUCAAAUUGUCUGAUUCCAGAAGCAAAAAGUAAAACAGCAGGAGAAGAAGAAAUGAUAAAGAUUAGAUCCUGUGCUGAAAGAGAGACUAAGAAAAAAGAUGAUAUUCCAGAAGAAGACAAAGGAAAUGUUAAGCAGUGUGAAAUCAAUUAUGUAAAGAAAUUCCAGAGCUUCCAAGACCACAAACUUAAAAUAAGUAAAGAAGACAGUAAAAUUCUUAAAAAGGCCCGGAAAGAUGGAUUUUUGCAUGAAACACUUCUGGACAGACCCGGCAGGUGGUUCUCUCCAGUGACUCACCAGGCCAAGCUCGGCUGUGAGAUCCGCCUGCUCAGCAGAGGGCGCGUCUCCUCCGCGUUCCUCCUUCCGACGAGCCCCUUCAGUUCUCCUGACGCGGCAAAAGAACGCCGCUCUGCCAGGGAUCCGGGAGAGUCAGGUCCGCUCCGCUGCUGCUUACAUCUGAAGGAGUCAGCCCUCAGUUUUUUGCGUCCCUCGCCCGGCCCUGCUCCGGUCGACGUAUUUUGCCCUGAACCAGCUCCCAGCUCUUACUACCGGAGCGUCAGGGGAGCCAUGGCCGAAUACUCCUACGUGAAGUCCACCAAACUCGUGCUCAAGGGAACCAAGGCCAAGAGCGCUCCGCCCUCCCUCCACGCGGCCAGCCCCGUGGAAGACGUGGGGCGCUCGGGUUCAGGCUCCCAGCCCGGCCUCUUGCCGGAAUGGACAGAAGCUGCGACUCGGUUCCCGGGGUCCGUGCAAGGACAGGCCGCAGAGCUGGGCGGACCAGCAGCCCAGGAGGCACAAGUCCUCCGCUUGGUGGAUAUGU